GUCUGAACGUUUACCAGCCGCUGAACAAACCGAACCCAGGAUGGACGCUGAAGACUGUCCCUGCGUUAGUGGUGGUCUGUGCACCUGUGGCAACAACUGUCAGUGCAAAAAUUGCAAGUGCAAAUCGUGCAGAAAAAGUUGCUGUUCCUGUUGCCCGGUUGGCUGUGCCAAGUGUGCCCAGGGCUGUAUCUGCAAAGGGCAGCCUGCCGCAAAGUGCAGCUGCUGCAAGUGAAUGUCCACUCGCUGUCCAAGCGAUUAUCUGUAUAUUUGAUUGCCUACCAGAAUU